UACUGGAAAUGAAUCAUGGCUGAGCUCCAGAAUAUGAAGCUCCUCCUACUGAGUAUUUACUGGCUAAGGGGCGAGGACACCUCAGAGCUCUGUGGUAUAAAUAGCAGAGUGCUGCCGUGUCUCGGUCAGAAUCCGAAACUCUCUCAGAAAACAGAAGCACACAGCUGGGAAUUGUACAUUCAGAGAAAGAAAAGAAAGAAAAGAAAAAUGUGCCAAGGUUUGGAAUCGCUGCCGGUUUCCUGUCUGGAGAGAGUGAAAGAGCUGAAGGCACGUUUGGGAAGUUUCCUUCUCAAGCAGGAGCUCAAUCUCUCCAGCAAGAGAGAGCCAAGGACGGAAGAUGCCCUCAAGUGGAGAACGUCCUUCCAGAACCUCCUGGCUCAUAAAGAUGGGUUGUGCGCCUUCCGGACGUUCCUUCAGUCCGAGCAUAGUGAGGAAAAUAUUGCAUUCUACCUGGCCUGCGAGGACUACAAGAAAACAAAGAUGUCCUCCAAGCUGUGCUCCAAGGCCAAGAAGAUCUAUGAGGAGUUCAUCGAUGCUGACGCACCGAGAGAGGUGAAUCUCGACCACGAGACGAAAAGCAUCACGAAGAAGAACGUGCAGGAGCCGACCUGCUCGUGCUUCGAUCUGGCCCAGAGCAAGAUUUACACUCUUAUGGAGAAAGACUGCUACCCUCGCUUUCUCAAAUCGGCAUUCUACUCCGAGCUCAAACCCUGAACCAAAACAUCUGCACACGGUUUGUAGGACACGUGCGCUGGAUCACGUCCCGAGCUUAAUGACGAGGGGUAUCGCUUGGGGAUUCCAAGAUAUCUGCCUUAAACCUGUCAGGGAACUGGUGAGGAACUUUGAAGGAUAUCGAACAAAACCCUCAGCAACUUGAAGAAAAGGAAAAGGAGAAACACUGGAAUUUUGAACUCUGAGCACACUUUUGCACAAAUUCUGUCAUUUUUAUUUUAUUUACCUCUGGACAAAUUCUAUUUAUUGAACAAUGGUGUAUUUUGUAUAAAUUAUAAUAUAUUGCUUUUUAUUUAUUAAACUGGGAGACAAUGUAUGAUGAUGUAUGGAAUUCGGCUUGGAAUAAAUGCUGAACAUCUGCUUUCUUGUA